AUGGAGGUCGCAUCUGCCGUCCGUCUGCCCUCGCCGGAGCCCGAGAUCGACGCCCACGAAGUCCCGCGCAAACGCGAGCGCUCCCCAUACGAUGGACCGAGUGCCGGGCCAUCAAAGCGAAGCAGGAGGGACGAAGAGGAGGACGACCGUCGCAAUGGCGGUAUUGGCCGGCGCCCGCCGCCAAAGCCUACGACCAACGACCUUCCGGAUGACGACUCGCGCUUGAAGCUUUUCCAGAAUGCUUUCAGCGCGAACCGUAAGCUGCCCGUUGACGAUUCAAAGACACGCGCUGGAGGCGCGUAUAUCCCGCCGGCGCGCCUGCGCGAGAUGCAGAAGUCGAUUACGGAUAAGAGCAGCCCUGAGUUCCAGCGUAUGGCUUGGGAGGCGCUCAAGAAGUCGAUCCAGGGUUUGAUCAACAAGACGAACACUGCGAAUAUCAAGAUGAUUGUGCCGGAGCUAUUCUCGGAGAACCUGGUGCGCGGGCGCGGCCUGUUCUGCAGAGCUAUCAUGAAGGCGCAAGCGGCGAGUUUGCCUUUCACGCCUAUCUACGCGGCUAUGGUCUCCAUUGUCAACACGAAACUGCCUCAAGUUGGCGAUCUGCUGGUUCGGCGCCUGAUUGUGCAGUUCAGGAAGGGUUUCAGGAGGAACGACAAGGCCGUGGCGCUAUCGAGUACCAUGUUCCUUUCGCACCUCGUCAACACGCAAGUCGUCCACGAGAUCUUGAUCGCCGAGAUCCUGCUCCUCUUACUGAACAAGCCCUCCGACGACUCUGUUGAGAUCGCCGUUGGUAUCAUGAAAGAGGUCGGUGCUUUCCUCGACGAGAUGAAGCCCGCGAUCGCGAACGCCAUCUUCGACCAGAUGCGCAACAUCCUCCACGAAGCCGACAUCGACAAGCGAACACAGUACAUGAUUGAGGUCCUGUUCGAGGUUCGGCGCACAAAGUAUAAGGACAACCCAGUCAUUAGGGAGGAUUUGGACCUGGUAGAGGAGGAGGAUCAAAUCACCCACAACCACACGCUCGAGGGUGAUUUGAAGGUUGAGGAUGGUCUGAACAUCUUCAAGGUCGAUCCCGAUUACGAAGCGCACGAGGCGGAGUACACAAAGAUCAAGGCGGAGAUUCUAGGUGAAGAGGAGGGUAGCGAUGACGAUGGAUACACAGAUGCGUCAUCUGAGGAUGAGGAGGACGAGGAGGUGAAGGCCAUGGACGUCAAGGAUCAGACCAACGCGGAUCUGGUCAACCUGCGCCGAACUAUCUACUUGACCAUCAAGAGCAGCGGUGGCUUUGAGGAGUGCGUGCACAAACUCAUGCGCAUCAACCUGCCGCAUGGCUUGGAGAACGAGCUCACCACGAUGAUUGUCGAGUGCGCCAGCCAGGAGCGCACAUACGAGAAGUUCUACGGCAUGAUUGGAGAGCGCUUCUGCAAGCUGAACAGGAUGUGGACAGACCUUUUCGAGGAAGCCUUCGCGCACUACUACGAGACUAUCCACCGCUUCGAAACGAACCGCCUUCGUAUCAUCGCACAGUUCUUCGCGCAUCUGCUAGCAUCCGACGGUAUCGGCUGGCACGUCUUCCAGGUGGUCAAGAUGACGGAAGAAGAUACCACCUCCAGUUCGCGUAUCUUCGUCAAGAUCUUGUUCGAGGAGCUCCUAGCUUCUCUUGGGCAGAAGGUCGUUGUGCAGCGCUUCAAGGACCCCAUGCUACAAGACAGCCUUACUGGACUCUUCCCCACCGAUGCCGACGACCAGAGCAAGACCCGCUUCUCGAUCAACUACUUCACUGCGAUCGGUAUGGGUGUGCUUACUGAAGGCAUGCGCGACUGGCUCAAGAACGCUGCGCCCAAGCCGAAACCGCUACCCGAGCCAGAGAGCGACGACGACGACCGCAGCGUUUCGUCAAGAUCAAGCUACACUUCAAGCAGCUACUCACGCUCCCGAAGCCCGGUUCGCAGAAGGCGCGACUCCAGAUCGAGGUCCAGAUCCGACUCUAGAGGACGCUCAUACACACGCAGCCCUACGCCAGCCCGCAAACGUGGAGGCCGCGGUAGAAGCGACUCCUACAGCUCCGCAUCCCGCUCUCGAUCCCGCUCCCCAGCACCACGCAAACUCAAAAGCAAGCGCUCCUACUCAACCUCCCUCUCUCGAUCACGCUCUCCCGCACCUAGGAGACGCGGCCGCAGCCCCUCAUCCUCCCGAUCCCGUUCUCCGCCCCCGAAAGCCAAAUCGACACGCCGCGGACGCAGCCCAUCCGGCUCGCUAUCCCGCUCUCCACCUCCCCGCCGCCGGAAGUACACAACCUCUCCUUCGCGUUCGCCCUCCCCACCACCGCGCCGUCGUGGUCGUGAUUCUAGCACUCCGCCACCCAGGCGUAGACGUGGUUCGAGCAGUGCCCCGCCAUCAAAGGGGAAAGGGAAGGCGAGGGCGGAUAGUGGCAGUCCGCCGCCGCGUCGCAGUCGCAGGAGGGAUAGUAGUAGCCCGCCGCCACCCUCGAAGGCCAAUGGGAAGGCGAGAGCGGAUAGUGGUAGUCCGCCGCCUAGGAUGAAGAGAGAUGAUAGUGGAAGUCCGGCACCGAGGGUCAAGAGGGAUGAUAGUAGCCCGCCGCCGAGGAGACGUAGGGAUUCGUAG